AUGGAAGUUGCACGAACUUUCGGUGCCACGCAGACGGAUCUGUUUAAUAAUGCAGAUACCAAACCAACUGAUGAUGGACAAACAUUAAUUAUAACAGUUUCAUCAGAUCGUGGAUUAUGUGGUGGAAUUCAUUCAAGUGUAUCAAAAUUUUCACGUAAACUUGUAGAAGAGAAACCAAGUUCACAAAUAGUAGUUUUAGGAGAUAAAGCAAAAAGUCAACUUGCACGUACAGUUAAAGAUAAUAUUCAACUUUCAUUUAAUCAAAUUGGAAAAGCUAUACCCACUUAUGCAGAAGCAUGUUCUGUAGCGGAUACAAUUUUAAAAGAAAAAAUCAAUUUUGAUCAAGCCAUAAUUGUUUAUAAUUAUUUUAGAUCCGUUAUUUCAUACGAAGCAGAAACUAUUUCUGCUUACUCUGAAACAACAUUUUCUAAAUCUGGUAAUUUCGAUUCAUAUGAAAUUGAAGAUGAUGUAUUAGAAAAUCUUCAAGAAUUUGCAUUUUCAAAUUCCAUUUAUUGGGGUUUGGUAGAAGGUCAUGCAUCCGAAAUGGCAUCAAAACGUAGUGCAAUGGAGAAUGCAACCAAAAAUGCUGGUGAAAUGAUUGAUAAAUUAACUCUUACUUAUAAUCGUGGAAGACAAGCUGUCAUUACAAAUGAAUUAAUUGAUAUUAUUACUGGUGCUUCGGCAAUUUAA